AUGGCAGCGUCCCAAUGCCCCGGCGGGAUCUGUGAUGGAUUCGUCGAUCUAUUACGCUCUCCAGAGUCGUGGAGUGUGAGCCAUCCUGGGUGGCAACAUGACGCUGCCUGGGAUGACAUGGUCACUGCUGGAGAGUCAGGAUGCAGGACUUGUCGAGUGUUUUUGAAGGCAGCAAGUUGCUUUCCUCCGCAACCUUUUUAUGUCUCUUUUUUGUGCCAGCCAGCCAAGGUUUGGGGUGAAAAUGGCCAAUGCACAUUCACUGGUGCAUUCCAUUUGAGCAUCGUCUACCAAAACAUCAUCAAGCUAUUCAAGCCGGAUGAUGGCAGCUUUUGUGACUGGCCACUGCCGCCGUUACCCCAGAACAAACGGGAUCUUAGCCUUGAUGGAAAAGUUACCAUUGCCACAUCCUGGUUGACAGCAUGUCGUGACAAUCACUCUGACUGCAACUCCUAUUCAGAAGGGGUCGAUGAAGAUACGACAAAGUUGCCAAAAAGGGUUCUCGACGUUUCACCGCCGGAUGGACAUGGACAGUUGCGUCUAUAUGAGACGCCAGAGGGGGCAAAAGGGAGGUACAUUGCCCUGAGCCAUCGUUGGGGACAGACACAGCCUCUCACCACUACCAAGGGAACGAUCGGUAAUUGGAAGCAGACGAUCCCAUGGAAGCACGUUCCUCAAGCCUUUCGAGACGCCAUCACUGUCACCCGUGAGCUUGGAACUCGAUACCUCUGGAUUGAUAGCCUCUGCAUCAUCCAGGAUGACCACGAUGACUGGUCAAAACAAGCACCAGAAAUGUGUUCCAUCUACAGCGACGCUCUUCUCACCAUAUCUGCCACGCGCUGCAAUGAGGGGUGCACGGACACCCUAUUUCCUGACUUUCAGCAUAGCGUCACGGUAGACGGAGAUCCAAGCAUCACUGUCGCAGUCCGUGCCGAGGGCCCUCAUGUCUCUUCAUCGGCUCAUUAUCCCCUACUUCAACGCGCCUGGGUCUUCCAGGAACGGCUUCUCUCGAGGCGGAUCCUCCACUUUGGAUACGACGAGCUCAACUGGGAGUGCAUGGAGAAGGCGUGGUGUGAGUGUGACCCAAACACUAUUUACGCCACCCUGCCGCAUUUGAAGUCUUCCCGGAGUCGCAAUCCCACCUCUGCACUGACCCCAAAUUUUCCAACCUCAGCCCAUCACGACAUGUGGCGAAGGAUGAUAUACUGGUACACUCAGCAACAACUGACGUUUUCCACCGACCGUGGCCCAGCUAUACUAGGCCUGGCAAAGGAGCACAUGACACUCACGCGUCCCAAAAAUUCCGUUUACCUCUCUGGACUUUGGUCAGAUUCUCUUGUGGGGGACUUGGCCUGGGAAGUAACAGCGGUAGUGGUGGCCGGUCCAGUCAGACCAGGCACUACUGCAGAACCGCGACUCCCAGGGCCGACAUGGUCUUGGACAACCGUCGCAGACGCGAUCUGCAUGUGGCCACUUCACUGGGUGGAUAGUGCAACAACUGAAGUUCUAGACAUUAUCCCACCACCUGCGUUUGCAGUCCCCUCCACGAUGACUUCAGCGGCGCUUGAUCUAAAAUCGACGCGACAUUGUAUCACCCUCAAAGGGAAAGCACUCAAGGGCAUAUCAACAAACAGCAAAGACCCUGCCGUGGCACGCGACAGAAAGAAGUUCUACAACGCUUGGUUCGAGGCUAGCUUUGGAGCCACGUCUGGAACGUUCAAUUUUGCCUCAGACUACCCUCCCCCUUCUGAAAGCGGGGACAGCAUUGUCAUUUCCGAUGGGGAAACGGUAUGGUGGCUGCAUCUUGGGACAAAUCAUGUCGAGGGGAGUAAUCCGUCGAACAGACCGCUGGAGGAGAUUGGGCUUGUGCUGCGUUGUGUUGACAAGACGUUGGGUCUGUAUGAGAGAAUUGGACUAGCGGGCUCUAGACAGGGGCAGUGGGAUGAUCAAGGGGAGGAGAUCGUUGCAAGUUUGGUGUAA